AUGUAUCCAAACCCGUACCCCUCUACGUCUGCCUCCCGUCAACUGUGGCAAAGUUCUAGUGACUUCUCUCCCUUCAGGUCCCUGGCGGACCUAAAUGCUGCUACCAGCGAAUUGUUACUUCCCACCCAACCCCCGGGCCUUCCAUCUGGAUAUGGAUCUAGCCAAUGUCUGAGUUUACGAGAAAUUCCUAAUCCUGUCCACACAGUCAAUACCACCUUGAAGAAUGUCCAAGCCAAAUCUCGCCGCUUUGUUUCCAAAGUAAAAUUUGGCAAGGCCACGAGCACUGUUCCACCCCAGGGCCACAUAGAGCUCACACCUCCUCCUCCCAAAUACGCACCCGCGCCAAGUCUUGAUCAAUGGGCGACUAGAGUGGGAACGGACGAGCCCUGGCCCCAUCUCCCAUACACCAAGCCGCCCUUCUCCGUGAAUCACUCCACCUCUAAGGCCCCUGAUUCCUUUUCAACCUCAGCCUCAAUCACUGGUCCUUCCCCUCACCUCCGCGUCACACACAUCGAACUCGCCCACUAUAACGACUAUCCCGUCCUAGCCGAACCCUCUACCCGUUACACCGAAACUAUUGACGUCACCCUCAAGGACGUUUUCUAUGGCAAAGUCCUUGCACAUCACUUCACUCGAAAGUACCUCAAUGGUGCAACGACCCGCGAGACGCUGGAAAUGAACAUCCCGCCCGGAUGCCUUUCGGAAACGCUCUUCUCCUUCCAAGGGGCAGGGCACCAACUCCCUGGCGGCGAAUACCAAGAUAUCAACUUCAUCAUUAGGGUGCAAUCUCAUCCCCUGUAUGAACGCUGCGGCGAUGGGGAUCUCUCCACAGAGGUUUAUUUGCCCUGGACGGAUCGUCUUUACGAGGAGGCGUGUCAAUUCAAACUCCCAGGUGUGGAUGGGGAUGUGCAUACCAUCGAGGUUGAUUACCAGCUCACCAAGAUGACACGCGGGAUAGUGAUCCUGCGAGGGCAUGGAAUGCCUCGACUCAAUCGCCCGGGUCGAGGGAAUCUUAUUAUCGAAUGGGAGAUUGACGGGUGA